AUGACUCCGAGCGCCGAGCUCCGGCCGAGCUUUGAGGCCAUCUUCCACAUUCUGGCCCAGCUCCCCGAGGACAAACUGCUCAAGCUCAAGCUCAGGCUGAAGCACUCGGCGUUCAAGCCGCACAGCAAGCUGCUGCAGGCCAUGGUGCUGCUCACGCUGGGGCAGGAGGCGGACGCCGGGAUGUGCCUGGACGCUCUGCGGGACGAGCGGGCAGCCCAGUACGUGCGCGGSAGCAGGCUGGGUCUGGCGCGGGGGGACGGGGGGGACCCGCAGCCGCCGGAGCUGGACGCGGCCGCCGCGGUGCUGCUGGCCCGGAUCUACUCGCUGCUGGCGGAGGAGAACCUGUGCGGGCGGGAAGCCAUGGUCCGGGCCUACGAGAGGGUCCUGGAGGCYGGCGGCGACCAGGAGCCGCCCGAGAGCGUCCUGGCCGAGGCCCGCGAGAAGUGCGGAGGCGCCCUGGGCUUCGYGGGCUCGGGCAGCCGCUUCCAGACGCUGCGCUCGGAGCCGGGGAUUGCCCAUCCCGCGGCGCGGAGCUCGCCCGUGCCCAUCGGCAGCGUGGCGGAGUCGUCGGGCCCGCGCACCCUGCGCUCCUCGGGCAGCCCGGCCUCCUUCAUCAGCCGCUUCGAGAUCAGCGCGUCGCCCACGCGCGGCGCCGACCAGCCCGUGGAAAGCAGCGACGCUCCGAGCACGCAUCCCGCCGAGCCGCACGCACCCGCGGCCCCGGAGCGGGAGGAUCCACCCGCAAGCGCCACCGGCUCCAGAGCCCGGCCCGGCCCCAUCCACACGUCUGCGGAGGGUGCUCAGGCCAGCACGUCCUCCCACGCUCYGUCUCCCACGCCAGCCUGCUCCCUUCCUCCUCAUCCCCCUUCCUUCUGCCCCGCUGCCCCCGACUUCGCGUGUCCCCCUUCCCUCCACGCGCCCUGCCCUGCUGCCGCCUCCCCCUCUGAACCGCAYGCAGAGCAGAGGAAGUUCUUCACCUUCGUGGUCCUGCACGCCAACAGCGACGCGGACACGGCCCUGCGCGUGAAGGAGCUGCUGGAAGGCAUGGGGGUCCCCGACGGCGCCACGUUCUGCGAGGACUUCCUUGCCGGCGGCCGCGGCCAGCUCUCCUGCUUCCAGGACGCCAUGGAAAACUCCGCUUUCACCAUCCUGCUGCUGACCAAGAACUUCCUCUGCCAGGUGUGCAUGUUCCAAACCAACUCGGCUCUCAUGGAGUCCAUCCUGARACCUUCCAAGCACAACUCGGUCAUCCCUUUUGUACCCAAGGAGAACCCCUUGGGAGAGAGCGAGAUUCCCAUCUUCCUGCGGGGGCUGGUGCCCUUGAACGAGAACUCGGCCGUGUUCCCCAGCAGGGUGAGGAACACCUUCACGCGCAGCAAGAUCAGCGAGCAGAAGGUGCUGUGGCAGCAGCGGCAGCAGGCGCGGGAGCAGCAGCGGCGGCUGCAGCUCUACCAGGAGCACUGGCAGACACUGAGGCACCUCUCUGCCCUCAACCUCGGCUCGCUCCCGCAGGCGCCGUGGCCGCCGCAGCCGGGGGACGCGCAGCAGGUCCUGGAGCGGCUCCUGGCCCUCUGGCCGGCCCCGGGGUGCCCGUUGCCCACGGCCGUGCCCGCUGCCGCCGGGGCCGCCCCGCCGGCUCCGUCCCCUUCGCGCCCGUUUUCCCUGCCGCCRGAGCUGCCCGGCGCGGGCGGCGGGCACCACCUCAUCAUCCAGAACGCGCGCAUGGUGCAGAUCGGGGACCACAACGUGAUGCGCGUGCGCGCGGCCCCCCGGGGCCCCGAGCACGGCGAAGACGACGGCGAGAAGCCCUGA